GCAUGAACCGAGAAUGGCAUCGUUGUGUUGCUGUUCAGUGUCAUCUAAUAGAAAAAGGUUUUAUGAAUGAGUAUGUAAUUUGACUUGCACAUAGAGAGUAAUUAGUGCAAAAGAGACAACUUCAUCAGUAGGGGAAAUUCUCGAGUGCCACUUCUUUUGUGAUAGAAGAACUAGGUAAUGAUCUAAUUAGAGAAAUGGUUAUGAAUGCAAUGAGUUCUUAUGGUAUAAAAUAUAAUGUGAAUGAACAAGGUAGUGAUGAGCCAAUCUUUGAGGAGGUAAUAGGAAAUGCAAAGGAAUUUUUUUAUCUUUUGCAAACUACUAACACGCCACUUUAUGAUGGAUGUGAUAAGGAUGAUAUAGUACUCAAAUGGAUAUCUCAUUUUAUGUAUACAAAGACACUUUAUAAUAUGAGUGUGGUUAAUUGGGAUUAUAUGUUAAAGUGUAGUAGGAGAUGGAUUAAGCUAGAGGAUUGAGAUAGGAUUCCAAAAGAUUUUUAUAGUGCUAAAAAGAUGAUGAGGUACUUUAAUCUAGGUUAUAAGAAAUAUAAUGUUUGUGUAAAUAACUACUUCUUAUAUUAUGGUGAAUAGAAAGCAAAAAUUACAUCACAUGUCCAAUAUGUGGUGAACCUCGUUAUAAAUAAGGAUGUGUGCAACAAAAUCAACUUAUACCAAGGAAGUCACUGUGGUAUCUUCCAGUUACACCUAGACUGACAAGGUUGUAUAUGUGUAGAAAAACUGCUGAGCACAUGACAUAGCACCUUACUUGUGGUGGUGAAUCUGAAAAGAUUGUGCAUCCUGCUGGUGUUGAGGUAUGGAAACACUUUGAUCACACCUACCCCGACUUUGGGUUUGAUCCAAGGAAUGUAAGGCUUGGGUGCAUAGAUGGGUUCAGUCCAUUUGCACAUACAACAACCUCGUACUCAUGUUAGCCUACCUUUCUAUUAUUUACAACCUACCUCCAUCCAUGUGUAUACAACUAGAGUAUCUUUCUUUCUCUAAUAAUACAAGGCCCUCAAAGUCCAAGAAAAAACAUUCAUGUCAUGAUACGCCCACUGAUUGUGAAUUAAAGGAAUUUUGGUAUAAUAGGGUUAAGACAUAUGAUAACUUUAGGCAUUAAUAUUUCAUUAUGAGAGUAGCACUUAUGUGGACAAUUAGUAACUUCCUUGGAUAUGGCAUGUUAUCUGAAUGGAGCACACAUGGUAAAUUAUCAUGUUUGUAUUGUAAGGAAAAUUCUAAGGUAUUUCACCUCUCAAACGGUUAGAAGAUAUCAUUUUUUGAUUGUUAACAAUAUUUUUUACCCCUCUAAUCAUCCAUUU